GACUGGUAGUGAUACACCAGAAACCAAUGUGGUUGUGGUUGAUGAUUCUGAUGGGAUACCAAACUCUUUCACUGGCAUCCCAGAGGAAGAUUAUCCUCUAGUGCUUACGUUUGAAAAGUUCUUGCUGAUGCUCGAUGGAACGAUAGGCGUUUCCUACUUCGAGAGAUUCGAGAGAGAUGGCGAGAUCAGCUAUGACCGUUUCUGUAAUUGGUAUUGGCCUCACUUCAACAGUCAAUUGACCAAGAAACUUGAUCCCUCAAGAGUUUUUAGUGAAAUAAUUUGUCAAAUAAAAGGAGGGCUGAUAAUUGGAGAUAAUGGAAAACUGAGCAAAAAUGAAUAUACUUCAAUGUCUGAAUAUAGGGCCUCGACAAUAGGUGCUGAAGUAAGAGAGGAAAUAUACCAUAUUUUCCAGAAUUAUGAGAAGAUGAAACUGGAGCGUGGUGAAUAUGAUUUAUCAGAUUUCGUUAAUGAUAUUCAUAUUCGACUGAAGAAUCAGCAUCAGCACUACCUAGUAGAUUUUGUCUAUGUGGAUGAAGUUCAAGAUCUCCCACUGAGACAUAUAGGUCUUCUCAAAUAUGUUUGUAGAAAUGUCGACGAAGGCUUUGUUUUCUCGGGGGAUACAGCACAGACAAUUGGUAGAAGAGAAGAUUUUAGAUUCGAAGACGUUCGCAAUCUAUUCUACAAGGAGUUCAUCAACAGAAAAGAAAAAGGACAUGUCUCACCUCUUUUUAAGUUGACUCAGAACUUCCGGACACAUAGCAGUGUACUCCGUUUGGCACAGAGUGUAAUCACUCUGCUUCAUUAUUACUUCCCUCAGUCUAUUGAUAUCUUGGAAUCUGAGACAAGUGUUACAUGUGGUGUGGCUCCAGUGUUGCUCAAGCCUAUGCCUGGAGCUGAUGAAAAUGCAAUUAUAACUAUUUUUGGAAAUAGUGAGAGUACUGGGGGAAAAAUAAUAGGUUUUGGUGCAGAGCAGGUCAUAUUAGUGCGUGAUGAGUCUGCGAAGAAGGAAGUCUCCAAUUAUAUUGGAAGGAAAGCUCUUAUUUUGACUAUUGCUGAAUCCAAAGGCUUGGAGUUUCAGGAUGUACUGCUGUACAAUUUUUUUGAGUCGUCGCCACUUAGAAAUCAGUGGAGAGUGAUCUAUAAGUUCCUGAAUGAACGAGGCGCACAGGUUUUGUCAUUCCCAAGUUUCUCUGUAGAAAGACACAGUGUCUUGUGUUCUGAACUAAAGCAGCUUUAUGUUGCUAUCACCCGAACAAGGCAAAAGUUAUGGAUUUGUGAAAGUUCAGAAGAAUACUCUGAACCCAUGUUUGACUACCGGAGAAGGUCAAAACUAGUGCAAACAUGGGAGAUAGAUGAUUCACUUGCACACGCUAUGCAAACUUCGAGCACGCCGGAGGAGUGGAAGUCACAGGGAAUGAAGCUAUUGUUGGACAAAAAAUAUGAUAUGGCACUCCUGUGCUUUGAAAAAGAAGGAGAAAAGAAUUUGGCGGAAAGGGCAAAGGCAGAGCUAUUCAGUUUAGAUGCCGAGCGAGUUCGUGAUUCGAACCCGGAAGAGGCUCGCACCUACCUACGUAAGGCUGCUGAAAUAUUCUAUUCCAUUGGAAUACUUAUAUCAGCUGCAGAGUGUUUUUAUUACUCGAGAGACUUUGAACAAGCAGGUAAUGAAAAGUUGCCUCACUUUGUUAAGAGUUCCGUUCUUGUUGUUCAUUUUCUUUCCCUCUUCGAUUCCGUACUUUCUAGCAUUUUAAAUAUAGUUCAGCAUUUCCAUUUCUUAAGGACUUACAUCCAGUUUUGA